AUGAACAACAGAUCUUUCAGACUAUAUGGAGAUCCAACGCCCAGCGAUCUUCACUUUAUGCAAAGUUCCACUUCUUCGUUCCCUUCUGCUAGUAGCACUUCCUCAACUAGGUCGGACGCGCAAAGCGCUCCACCUGAGUUAACUCAGUUAUUUGAUGGCAUCUGCCAAAAGAGCGCGGAGUUGCUUCGACUCAGAGGUAGGGAAUUACCUCCGGAGUGGAACAUAGCAGAUCUUAUUCAGGCUGUUAUGGGAGACGAGGCUUUUCUAAUUCCAGGACACCUCCAAGAUACCUAUUACGAUGUUCUUUUAAGGGGGUGUUCGAGUUGGCUUUUAGAAGAUCUCUUCCAUUUUCUCGAUUUAAUCAACUAUGUCUUCUAG